GGGUUACAAACGACUUUGGUCGGAUAAAUGUCACAAAUAUUUCACAGGUGAAAACCGCGUCAUUUUACUCUAGACAAGUAUUCAAACAGAUGUGAAUUUAAAGUGUAACAAUGCCAGCUGCAACGACUGACAGUCAAGAGACUGCACUUGAUUGUCUCCAUGACCUACGAUCACAGCUUGAUGACAUUGGUGAUAGAACAGGUGCACGUGACGCUGACCUUGACUUUCUGAAAAGUUUUUUAACAGAUCCUGUUGUUCAAAAAAUUGCACAGGCCGAUGAUGAGCUGCAGCUUCCGUUAUCCAAUCCUCCCAGUGAUGUUAGAGGAGAGAAGUUAUUAGCAGAUGUUGCCAAUGUCAUACAGAAAGUUGUAGGAACCGCCAAUGGAAGAGACUUAGACGAGAUAUUGUCAGAUCCUCAUAUUGGGGCUUUGAUGAAAGCCUAUGAUGAUGUAGCAGACAAAAACUAUGAAGAAGAAUUAUACGAAACUAACAAGCUAGCUCAGCCUCCUCCACCAGUUUUCAGUGCUGUAGCAGACCAUGUUAGACUUGUCAGUAUCAAGAAGGAUAAAACAACAUCUUUGGGUAUUACAGUGAAAAUAGAUGAGAAUUUUAAUUUGAGAAUUGCCAGAGUUUUAGCUGGUAGUGUCAUUGAUAAACAAGGUAUGUUACAUGUUAACGACAUCAUAAAAGAAGUGAAUGGGAUACCUGUAGCCACGCCAGAACAGUUGAUGGAUAUUAUCAGAGUGGCGGAGAGUGAAAUCACAUUUAAAAUUGUACCAACAAUGCAGGAUAUUAAUUUUAAGACACAGAUGUUUAUGAAGGCCCACUUUAACUAUGACCCUCUGAAGGACAGAUUGAUUCCCAGUAAAGAUGCAGGCCUGACUUUCAGUGAUGGGGAUAUUCUACAUAUCCUUACUUCUGAAGACCCAAACUGGUGGCAGGCCAGAAGGGUAGUGAAGGAUGGAGAAGGACCGACAGGACUGAUUCCAUCACAGCAAUUAGAGGAGAAAAGAAAGGCAUUCGUUCAACCAGACUAUGAUUACUCUAAAAGCAGUUUAUUGUGUGGUCUGAAAAGGAGAAAGAAGAAGAAAAUAAAUUACACAAGCAGUAAACAUAAAGAGUUUGAUAAAUGUGAAAUAACCAUUUAUGAAGAGGUGACCAAAAUGCCGCCAUUCCAGAGAAAGACGUUAGUCUUGGUAGGGGCUAGUGGAGUGGGCAGGAGAGCACUCAAACAAAAACUACUGAAAGACGAUCCAAGGAGAUUUGGAGCUGUUAUGCCACAUACUUCAAGAGCACCAAGAGAAGGAGAAGUCCAUGGCAAGGGGUACUAUUUUACAGAUAGAGAAGGCAUGGAUGAAGAAAUUAGGGAAGGAAAAUACAUUGAAUGGGGAGAAUUUAAUGGUAAUCUUUAUGGAACUAAACUGGACUCUAUUCAUAAUGUUACCAUGGAUGGAAAAAUGUGUGUUCUGGAUGUUAGUCCCACUUCUUUAAAAGUUUUGAAGACAGCCGAAUAUAUGCCAUUUGUAGUAUUUAUUGCUGCACCUGGUAUUGAGGCAUUAAAAAGAAUGUAUGAGGAAGGCAGGCGGAGAGGUUUGGUAGGACGUAAGGGGGCAAGUGGUCAUGGCACAAUUGAAGUUAAAACUGAACAUGAUUUUUAUGAGACCAUACAGGAAAGUCAGAACAUAGAAAGAGUAUACAAAGGGAUGUUUGAUUUUACAAUCGUCAACGAUAAUUUUGAUGAAACAUAUAGAACUUUGAGACGAGAAUUAGACAAUUUAAGUUCUGAGCAGCAAUGGGUGCCCAUUAAUUGGGUUUAUUAACCUGUAUAUUUGUACAUUCUUUAUAUCAUAUCAUAUCAAGGGGUUGGUUAUGCAUCAGUAGAGUGCUUAAAGAUUCGUAUAUUGUCAAGUAGUGUGGAUUAGAGGACAUUCAAGAUAAUGUAAAUUUAGAAAUUAUCGUGAGGCUUCUAUUAAUGCGAAUAAUGCAACUGAAUGAGUAUCACAAUAAUAAGAACUUGCAUUAUUAUAUGUGAUACAUAUAACUGCAUGCAGAAUUUCCUGAAAUUGCAAUAAUUAAUCUCGCAUUUUAGUCCAUUCAAAAAAAUUCGCAAUAAUAAUUGCUCACAAUAGUUUCUGAAUUUACAGUAUUACAUGCUUUGUAAAUACAAAAGUAUAUUGAAUUCUGUAUAUUGUACUGAAUCUGUUGGAAGUAAAGUUUACUUUGAAUAACCCAAUUUAAAGAUUUUCCACAUUGAUAUUGCUAUGUCUGCAAUACUAUUAAAUGUUUAUCUAUGAAAAAAAGAUAAAACAGUAAGAACAGGGAAGUGAUGUUAACUCUUUAUUUAUAGAUUAUUGACUUUUUUCAAAUGAGAGGGUGAUUUUGGCUGCAAUCUCAUCGGAGGUAGAUAGACUUGAGAUGAGAUGUAGCCAAGAAACAUCCUUGAGAUUGAAAGAUUAUUGAUAAUCUGUUUAUCACUGUAUUCCUAGGCAAUGUCAAAGACAUAAUAGGCUUAUGAUAUUAUCAUAUUUUCUCUGUUCAACUUAAAAAAGCCAUUCUCAGUCCAGUAGCAUGAUAUGAAAAAAUAUCACACAAAAAAAGAUAAAAGCAAAAUUUAUGAAAAUAGCAAUAUUUCCUUUUACACAUAUGACAGAAAAUCAAUGGGUUCAAUAUUACAUAACUUCCAAUAUAUAUUGUUCGUUUUAUCAUCAAAAGACCCUAGGUGUACAUAAAUUUUAUAAAAAAUGACUGGAAUGGAUUAUCACUAAAAACUUUGUACGUGUCAUGAAGUUAUAUGGGGCUUAAAAAUUUACGGUUAGUGUAAAUCAAGUGCAUUGGAAUGUUUCACUUUAUCCUGUUUUCUUGUGCAGUGUAAUUAUUCUGAAUGAUUUAGAUGUAAGUAUCAUGUUUUAGCAGUAUUCUUAAUUUGGACAAUUUUAAUACUGUAAACCAACUUAUUUUCGCAGAUACUUUGUUUGGCAUUUACCCCUUUCUAACCAACUUCACAGCUAUUUAUUUUCUCAAUUUUCUGAUUUUCAUGAUGUAUUUAUAUAGGGAAAGGUCCAAUAGAUACAUAUUGGCAACAAUUUUUUCACAUAAUUUUUCUACUCGCAAAAAAUAAAUAGCUUGCGAAAAUUAAAUGGUUUACAGUAUUUCGAUUAUUUAAUAGACUAAAUCAAGGCUGUGCAUUAGCAUUGUAGUAACUAUUUGCAGAAAUUUAGAUUUUACAAUAAGAUAUACAUUUUGUAUUUGUAAAUGUAUUGGUGAAAUUCAAAAUACAGCAGAAAAAACACAAUACAUCUGCAAAUAUUCAAAUACUAUAUAGAUAAUUGUUUAUAUAUCAUAAUCAAAACCAAUAUCAAGUGUCAAAGAGAAAGUCUUUUAACCAAGAAUAUAUCUAUUUGGCCUUGAUCAUUACAAUAGACAUAAAUAUCACAUUAUGAUGUUGUUAGUCAGUGUUACAUAUUCUAUAUAUAGAUUUACUUGAUAAUGGAAAGAUUUAUGUUUAUUCAGUAUAGACCACAUCAAAUUGAUUUUUCAAAUUUGGAUUUCCCAUAAUAAAUUUUUUUACUACAAGGUUAUUGUUCUGCAUUCUGCAAAAAUACAAAAUUUAUGCAUAUUUUAUGAUAUUAUAGAGAAAUGAAAUAAGGUAACAAUAGCCCACUAUAACAAGUUUUUUAAAGUUAAAAUUGCAGUUAAUCAGUUAAAUUUAAGAUUACUGCAAAAUACUGAUUGUCUUAUGAUACUGACCUGUUGAUUUUAAAAUGUUUAUCAGGAUUAGUUUUUUGACGGAUUUUUAGGCUUCUUAAUCUUUUUUCAAGGAAAAAUAAUUUGAUGUGUCUUAAUUGUAAUCUUUAGGCAGCAUAUAUAUAUAUAUAUUAAGUGUCUUACUUAUCAGUGUUUAUGUAUGUAUAAAGGAUGAUAAGAGAUCCUCUGUUUCUUUAUUAUUAUUUCUCUAAAUUAGAAAGAUGUUCUAUACAAUAUUUUACAAUUUUUUAAGUUCUCAGAUAUUAUAUUCACAUCAAAAUAAACAAGGCAAAUCACUAAAACCGUUAACUUUGCAAUGUUAAUUCCGGGAAUGUCAACUGUAUUGGCAGAAUAUACUUUCAACAUUAUUAAACCUCAAGAUAAAUUAUGCAGACAGUUCACCAAGACAAUUCUGUUGUAAUUUUACAGAAGACCUACACUGUAUUUGUAUUUCUCACUGUUGUAGGCCGUAUGGUAACCUAUAAUUAAUUAUAUCCACUAACAUGUAUUUGAACUCUGGUGUGGUGGAUAGUUGUCGCAAUCAUACCACAUCUCCUUAUUUUUACAUUACAAGAACUUUAUAUUUCUCUUUGUAUUAUUAUGUCUGAGAAUGUCAACUGUGGCAGAGUACACUUUUAACAUUAUUUAACCUCAAGAUUACUUAUGCACAAUUUCUACUGUCAUUUUACACAAGACUUGCAUAUAGAUAUAGGAAGAUGUGGUAUGAGUGCCAAUGAGACAACUCUCCAUCCAAGUUACAAUUUAUAAAAGUAAACCAUUAUAGGUCAAGGUACGGCCUUCAAAUUUUUAUAUUUUCUUUGCUUGAUCGAUCAUAUUUUAUAAUAGCAACAUAAUAAAAGGACAAUCUUUUAUAUCAAGGAUAUUUUAUUUAUAAAAAAGAUAAUUCUAUUUAUAAAAAAGGUAAUUCUUUUUAUAAAAAAAGGUAAUUCUAUUUAUAAAAAAGGUCAUUCUAUUUAUAAAAAAAUGUCAUUCUAAUUAUAGAACAGUAUUUUGAUUAAUUGUAUUAAGUGGUUAAUAAGUGGAUAAUCUGUCCGAAGUUUAAAACAUUUUUGGUUAAAUAUAUAAUUAGAUGCUUUUCUUAUUUCGAAUUUCGAAUUAUAUUGCACAAACAAGAGUCUUUUCAUUAUUUAGUAAUAGGGCAACACACAUUUAGUCAAUCACACACAAGUUCCAUUAGGAUUUGUUUCAUUGCAUAUGCAUCUGUAUUUUGUCUUAUUUGAAUAAGUAAACCAUUUUAUGUAAAUUAUGCAGAUAUUCAUCACCAGAUGUCAUGUUAUAAUGGGUUGUUACUACUUUUGUACAUAUCUUGUUUUAUGAUUGGUUGUAGAGAAAGAAAACAUCUUAAGAUACACCUUAUGGCUAUUUGUCUGCCUUUAUUUGGUUACCACACAUGUUUUUCGUAAAAAUUUCGAUGACACAAGAGUAAAGGUCUGACUGCAAAGAGCAAAAUGAUUGCAUAUAAUGUCAAUAGGUCAAGUGUCAGGGUAUCCAAAAACAGCAAUAAGGUCUACUAUAAUGUAUCCUAAGUAAAAAAUUGUAGUGUCAAAUUUCAAUUUUGUAACAUAUCAUAGGUCAUGGGUUGUAUAUAAGUUUUUUGUAUAUUGAGAAAAAUAUUCUGGUGACCUUGUUCAGAAAUAAUGUUAUGUUAAAGAAAAAAAACAUAGCAUUUAUCUGAAUUUUUCAAUUAUUUCCAGAAUUUCCCCUUUAAGUUACUGGAAUUUACUGUGAAUCAUUAGUUAUAUACAUAUAGUGCGUGAUUUUGAGAUUUUUUCCAUAUAUUUUUUUUUUUCAGAAAUUUAGUAUACAUUUUUUUUUAAUAUUUAAAAUUUUAUCUUUUAUGUAUAUUAUACUUUGUUAACCAUUUUCUGCAGAGCAGUCUGGCUGUGAAAGUACAAAAAUACCACAACAACAAAUGCGAGUAAUAUAUAAUUAAUUGAGGAUUGCAGUUCCAGAAACAGCAAUAUGUUUAUAUUUUUUUUAAAUAUUUCGAGAAAUUAUUUUGUUGAAUUGAUGGUGAAUUAGCAAUAUAUUAAUUUUUUUUUAUAUAGGCUGAUUGAUAAAACAUGAGGGGCCUGAUGGGUUAUUUUCGUUCUUCGUGAUCGGCGCAUUUUCGCUAUUGUGAUCCGUUUUUCUACAGAUUUUUUUUUUUUAUAUUUUCGUGAUCUGUGAUCAUGGAAAUUUAUUUUCUGUGAAUCGUGAUUGACAAAAAAAUCAAAUCAUGAUGAGACACCCCCCCACAUCAGGCCCCUCAAACAUAAGUAUAAGUUGUUACAUUUGAGUAGACUCUUGUAUUGUAAAACACUUACAUAAUAAUUUGAUGUGGACUAUGAGGGUCUAGAAGGGGUUUACAGAAUUAGAGAAUAAUGGGGGGGGAUAAAGAAUAGAGAAAAAUAGUAAAGAAUAGAGAAUAAUUGGCAAAGUGAAUAAAGAAUAGUGAAAAAUGGCCUGAAAUUAAAGAGCAAAAAAAAUAAAGGCCCCCCUCUAGACCCUCAACUAUUAUGAAACAUUGUAGUAAUACUAAUCCCUCCAUUGAUUGUUUUGUGAUAUAUAUUUUCUUGUAUGCAAAAUAACCUUUCAGAGAUGUAAAAUAGAUGUAAAUUAUUCAAAUUAUAUUUUUUGAUUAUGCAAACCCUAUUACAAUAAAAAUAAUGAUGGUAAACUU